UAUGAAAGCGUUGUUAGAAUCUCCAAUGUCCUACAGUUCCACGUCUUUCAAGGAGAUUGUGCUUGUUUUUGUUCUAACGUUGAGAAUAGAUGCUUAAACGUGACCAGGUAUUGCAGCAAGUUACAGAUUUGUUGUUUUUGGAGUGUUAAUCUAUUGUUUAGUGAAUGUAAAUGUGUGUGUUGCUUUAGCUAAGGCCUAUUAGUUAACCUGACAUUAGAUCGAGGUGUGCAGGGAAAGUUGUCAGAUGACACAACUUUAUGUCUGGUAAGUGUCAACAGGCAAAGUCGGUCGUCACAAUGACAGAUCAAGAAGGAGAGGGAUGGGGAGGCAUUAACCUUUCACCUCACCUGCACACAGACGAGUGCAAUGAACUCAUAAGCCUCCUGAGACAGUGCCACAAAGAGCACAAUGUCAUGAAGUUCUUUGGCACAUGUAAUGACAUGGACCGUGCCAUGCGUCACUGUCUGAAGAAAGAGCGAUUGGAAAACCGAGAGCGCAGCAAGAAGCAUGCAGAAGAAAUGAGGAAGAGGAUAAAGGAAGGACCCAAGCAGUUUUAAUACAUCCACAAAUAUUGGGACGUUAAAGUGAACAAGAGGCUGUAUCCAAUGCUCCCAUGACUGAUUUUCUGUCAACGUAGAGGAACAGUGGUGGUUAUGUUUCUUUGCAAAUUUGAAGUGUGGUUUAUAAUAUCAUUUACAGCUGAUCGCAUCAUCAUCCGUUGCAAAACUAUGUUGUUAUGCCACUGGUUUGGUUUCUUUAAUUAUAGAGUAAAUAUUGGAAUCUGCUCUGAGAGCAGAUACCAAAACAUGCAGGUCAGUUGGAGAAAAAAAGUCUAGCUUUUCAGAUAAACGCUGUCUUUCUCUCUCUUCUUUAAUGUUUAAUUGAUCUUAGAAUUCCUUUUUUUUCUUUUCACAUUAUUUUUAAGUGAUGCUUUCAGUCGUUGUACUUGUUGACUACACCGCUCAGGAAUCUCUCUGCGCUGACAAAAGGUGUUUAUUAUUGUGAAAGUUUGUUGAAUGGGAAUUUAUAUUGUUUCCAGAUUUUUUGGUUUUAAAUAAAAAGUCAAAUUCAACAUCUCAAAACACACUAAAACAAAGGAAUAAGAUGCCUAAAGGAAAUCAAGUUUCAUUUUUACAGAGAUAAGGGGAUACAUGUUAAGGCAGGUUGGAAUUUUAAAAAUAGUUUCUGUUAAGGGUGGCACUGAUAAAAGUCAGGUCUGAUAUUGACUAAACCUGAUAAAAUAGGUAUGAAUAAUAUAAAAUUGUGUAUUUAUUUGUCAUUUCACAGAAAAUCAAACCCUGUAUUAUGUUAAAAAUGUGUGACUGAGAUGAGAACAGUUGAAUUUUAAAAAUCCAAACAGAUUAAAGGUUACACCACAUUCAAUUUGGCAGUCAGGGAUCAGAUAACAGACCAAGUAACAUCAAGCUAAACCCAUCCACUCCCCACUAAGGGAGGGAUUCCCACACGGCUUCCUUGGACUGUGCCUAGGAAAAACCCACAGGAUUUUACUCAAGAGAUACCUGCAAGGUUAAGUUACUGGUACCUUUUAUAGGUUCCAUCAUAAGUAUUGUCCAAUCAUCCUGGUUCUGGCCCUUUACCUUGAACAAAGCCUCUUGGAAAAGCCUUUGAGCUCGUAGCUUCAGAUCUCUGGAUUAUUCAAGUCGGGUCUUGAGAAAAGAGCAGGUUGGCUUAGGCAGGAGAGUUAAAAUGCUUUGCAGUUUUGUGAAUAAAUGAUUGUAAAAUGGAGAAAAUGACAUAUUGGAGGAACAUGUGCAACAGAUAUGUUGUGUCCAUGCUUUUUGUCUCUUGGCUUUUCCAUCUAAAGCACAUGUCAGAUUUAUUUGACCAAAAACAAAAAGCAUUUAUUUGAAAAUUCUUAAAGUACUUGGCCAAGUUUAAUCAAUGAUCCAAAUAUGCUUUCUGAGUAAAAAUACGUUUGUGGUCAUAUUUGUUAAAAGGUUAAAAAUGACCCUGGCAAUAAGAGAGAAACAUUUUGUAAAUUACCCAAAAUUUCCAAUUUUGAGAUUUUAUUAGUGAAAAUCUAAGUAAUAAAGAUUUUUGUUUGAAACGUACAUGAACGAGGGCCUCAUUUGUUUCACUAAAUGACCCACAGACCACAUUUUGGACUCCGUGCUGUACAGGUUUGACGUCAUGCAGAGAGAUAUGGCCAAAAAUAAUCAUAUCUCCGUAGUUCAUCUACUCAUGAAAUAUGGAGAUUGACUGCAAGGACAUGACGUUAUGUCCUUGCAGUCCUUGUUUAAAACCUAAAAGGCGGGGCAGGUAUUUAAGGAAUCUGGUUUGGAAACCUUCACAACAUCAGCCAAAGUGGUGCUUCUGAUUGGUCCCUCAGGGAGAAAGGGCCUCGGGGCUGGCGCUGUUUUCCUGGAAAGAUUGUACCUCCAGGUUGACCUGCGGAACUAAAAUACUAAAAGCUGUCACAAAAUGACACACAGGCUUAUGUGAAGCAUUCCAACACACUGCAGUAAAUAGUAGAAUGGCUAAAAGAAACUGGAGAACAAAAAAAAAAGAAGGGGAGGGGUUGAGUUUUGUUUAACUCACUAUCCAUAGCAGAAGAUGGCAGUAAUGUACCAGCAACACAUCAUGCAACAAAAACUGCUGCAUGGAGCUGUAAAUAUACUGUACUUAUUCUGCAUUUUAGCACCAAAACUUAUGAAAUAGUCUGCAAGGCGUGCUUUUAGACAAAGAAAUGAAAUAUGAAUGAAACACACCCAAACACACAUGGCAAAAAAAAGAAAAAAAAAGAAACAAAAGCAACUCAGACACUUGGUGGGAAUAUGGUCAUUUAUGAUCAACAAUGGGGCAAAAGAAACAAACAAUUGUCUUCAGUUAUCAAGCAGUUUGAACAUGAACAUUUAGAUCUGAAGUCCUGUUAAAAACGUGUCUAAAUGGACAAGUUUGGAUACAUUUAUAAAACAAAAUAAAUAAAGAAAUAAAUAGAUAAAGCCUCAUUUUAGAGAAUCAAUAUGCCAGAAACUCACGAGAAUGUAGUGAUUUGCAUUCUCUGAUGUAGUAGUCACAGCAUGAGGGUCCUGCUUACUUAAUCUCAGAGCUAUCAUCUUAUCAUAUUCUGUCAACUUAUAUUUACAGUCACAUUUAGUGAUUACAAACUCCCAGGAAUUACUUGUUAAAUUCUGGGAAAAUGUCAUUGUUCUGUGAUGUUCCUCGCUUUGAUUAAAAAUUUAAAUUCAGCUUUUGUCAUUUGGUUAAAAAACAAAACUAAACUAAAACAACAACAACAAAAAAAAACUUAUGAAAUUUUGCAUAAUUCCCUUCAAUCCAUAACCAAAACACAAAACCAGUUUUAUGUCAUUAGAUAACACAGUUUUAUGUUUAAAAUCCAACAAACCUCAUUUUCUCAAGCUGUCCUCAUCCAUACGUCUCAGCAAAACACAAAAUAUGAGAAAUUGACUUUCUUCUGAUCAAUUACAAUAAAAAUAAUCAAGACAAAAACUUUUUUAAAAUCAGUUUUUACUCUGAAUUUGUCUAAGGGUCAGGGGGCGUAUAAGUUAGGCCAAGACGGAUGAAAAGUGCCGCAGUGCUACUGAAAGCAAAGGGAAGCCACAUGACACUUCACCACCUUAAUUAUUAUUAUCUAAAAUAAAUACAAAAAUAAUUACAAUGCUACAAAAACAUACCCUGAAGUACGUACAAUACGAUAUAUUACAUGCAAAUACCUCUUCACUGUAAAAUUAUUAACAUCUCUUACUAAACGACUUGCACAGACCUACAUACAUAUACACUUUGGUAAAGCAAAAAUAGAUCCCUUAAUAUAAUACAGUUUGCAAAAUAUCAGAUUCAAUGAAAUCCUCCAUUGUUACAUGCAGAUCAGGACCAGGCUGGCUCAAGUGACAAAUGUUGAAUUUUGACAUUUUUACUGACAUCCUAAGACAAAGCUUUUU